AAUUGAACACGUUUACAAUUUCGAAAAUGGUGGUUUAGUCGAUAAUUAAUUCACGCUCCAAAAUACUUGUGUGUCUUCCGUGCUGAAUCCUCCUGACUUCUGAAGGAUUCAUCAAUCAUCCAUCUCUUUCCAUUUCCCAAUGUUAAAUUAACAACACCACCAAUUUUAUUUUUAUUUUAUUUUUAUUUUUAUAUAUUUACUGGUUGGUGGGAUUUAUAGCGUCACUGCACACGUCUCUCUCUUUCUCUCUCUCCGAGGAUCUUCUUUCUUUUUUUCAUUCACGCCUCAGCUUUCUUAAUUUCACUUCUCUAUUGAUCCUCGAGCCAAAUACUUGGCAAUUAACCAAUGACAACAGAUACUAAUACCCUAAGUUAUUGGUUAAACUGGAGGUUCUUCCUAUGUGCACUAUGGAUUUUAAUUAGUGUGACUAUAGGAUCAUUUUUUAUAUGGAAGUAUGAAGAAUUCAAUAAAUCAAGAAAAGAGAAGAGGGUUGAAGAAAGGCGGCGACAAGAAUCGGUUGGGUUGUUAUAUGAACAUGAAGCAUGGAAUACAUGUCUUAAAGGAAUUCAUCCUUCUUGGUUGCUUGUUUACAGAAUAGUUUCUUUUUUUGUGCUUUUGGGUUUGCUCAUUGCUAAUGUUGCUGUUGAUGGAGGUGGCAUAUUUUACUUCUACACUCAGUGGACAUUUACUUUGGUCACUAUUUACUUUGGGCUUGCAUCUUGUUUCUCCUUCUAUCAAAGUUGCUUUAACCGCGAUAAAUUUGAGAGAAACACGUUAGAUGCAGAACGAGGCGCUUAUGUGGCGCCUGCACUUGAUGGGAAUGCAGAUAUACCUACACUAACUAAGAGUUCCUAUGACUAUCGGAAAUCUCUCAGUCAGAAUACUGCUGGUGUAUGGGGUUAUGUUAUUCAAAUAAUAUUUCAGACUUGUGCAGGUGCUUCAAUGCUCACUGACAUUGUAUUCUGGCUCAUUCUCUAUCCUUUUAUGACACCGAAAGACUUCCGCCUGGAUAUUUUCACCGUUGGUAUGCACUCUGUUAAUGCUCUGCUCCUCCUCGGUGAAACAUCAUUGAAUUGCAUGAGAUUUCCAGUGUUUCGAUUUGCAUAUUUUAUCUUGUGGACGGCUACAUUUGUGAUUUUUCAAUGGAUCAUCCACUCCGUUGUUUCGCUUUGGUGGCCUUAUCCUUUCCUUGAUCUGUCAUCCCCAUAUGCACCCUUAUGGUACUUGGCUGUUGGUAUAAUGCACAUACCAUGCUAUGGCAUUUUUGCGUUAAUAGUGAAGUUGAAGCACUUGUGGUUGUCAAGAAUGUGUCCUGGUUCAUGUCAGUUUGUAAGGUGAUAACACAUUUCACAACAUUCAUUCUGUCUAAAGCAUUUUGAAUUUUAAAGAUUUAGAUUUAGAUCCUCUUCUCCCCAAAAAAAAGUGUUCAGAGGAAGGUAUUAUUUUUAUGUGGGGUGGGGAUGCAUAUUUAUUUGUAUUUAUUAUUUAAAUUAAACUCAUAAAAGUUCUCUGUCCUAUAUUUGUAAGUUGAUGUUUGUGAUAUUUUCCAUUAAAGUUAAUUUGCCACAAAUAUCA